GUAGAGAAGAGGGGGCAAAGAUUUUGUGCUCAAACAAAAAGAGCCCCCCCACCAUCACUAUCUCUCUACCAUCUUUGCGUGUAGUUGAAUGAGGUAGUGCGUGUUGUGUGUGAGAGAGAAAGUGGAAGAAUGGUUACUGUGGGGUCUUAAAUUGAGGUUGCAGAUGAGUGGGCUGCAGUGGCUGAUGGCGGCGUUUGCAGGGCUGUGAAUUUAAUGCAUCCCACACACACACACACACACACAAACUAUUCAAUCCCUUGCCCACAAUCAUCCCAUUUCACUCUUUCUUAAUUCUUAAUUCUCAACUAAUAUAUAUAUAUAGAGAGAGAGAAAGAGAGAUCGUAAUCCAGACCAACAUCAAUAGCUUUCUUUCCCUUCCUCAAUUAACCUAAAAAAGUCCUAAAACUUUGAUAGUGAAAACCUGCAUACACAAAAACCCCAGAGAUUAGAGAGAGAGAGGGAACAGUGUGUCAACCAGAAAAAUUAGUAGAAAAAAGAUCUCGACCACGUCCCCCAUUUCAUAUUGCCCAACUCCAAAACAAGAAACACACAGACGGCUUAGAAUUCUCAACCUUGUUGUGUUUGCUAUGGACUUUUGGGCAGAAUUGAGCUCAAACUCAAGCUGUGGGCAGGAAGAAUGUCUGGGUUUCUCUCACUAAGCCACAGAGACGAUCACGAGGAGAUCUACAACAAGGGUUUCGAAUUAUGUCAGCAGCAGCAGCACAGCAAGCAAGACGUGGGCGUUUCGAGUAGGCAGAGCUACGGCAGCGGCGCAGUGGAAUUAGGGUUUGACGCGAUGAGCGGUGGUGUGGGAAGAGUGGAGAUGAUAAACUGUCAGGAUUGUGGGAAUCAAGCCAAGAAAGACUGCGAGCACAUGAGGUGCAGAACCUGCUGCAAGAGCCGCGGAUUUCCCUGCCAAACCCACGUCAAGAGCACCUGGGUUCCGGCCGCCCGCCGCCGCGAGAGGCUGCAGCAGCAGGUUGUUAGAGGUGAGAAUCUUAAACGUCUCAGGGAGAAUUCCGCCGGCGCCACCGGAGGGUUUGAGGUGGGGCAGUUUCCGCCGGAAGUAAAUUCUCCGGCGGUUUUCCGGUGUGUGAGGGUGAGCGCGAUGGACGAUGCGGAGGAGACUUUGGCGUAUCAGACGGCGGUGAACAUCGGAGGGCAUGUUUUCAAGGGAAUUCUCUAUGAUCAAGGCCCCGAUUCCCGGUACCACGGUGGCGGUGGAGGAGAAAGCAGCGGAGGGUCGCAGCCACAUCAGCUCGCUGCAGCGCCGCCCUCUGCCGUUGCCACGACGAGCAACCUCAAUGCCUCCAUUCUUGAUGCUUCAAUGUAUCCGAAUCAGCUAAGUAGCUACAUGUCGGGUACGCAGUUUUUCUUACCACCGAGGCCUUGAUCAACAUUUGUUAUUGUUGUAACGUUUUAAAUUAAUCCGAUCCUAUUUAAUUUGGCACAAUUUAGUGAAAGGGUUAGGUUAGAAUUAAGUGUGUAAGAAGAAGAAGUGUGUGUUGUUUUAUUAUUCAAUUAAUGUCCGAAUAUCUAUUACGAUUCUCUAGCUCUUUGUUUUAUAUAUUUAUGGAGGGUUUAAUUUGAUCU